CCGGUGGCGGCGGUUCUCCGUAAGAUGGCGGACCGGCGUCGGCAGCGCGCUUCGCAGGACACUGAAGACGAGGAGUCUGGCGCUUCGGGCUCAGAUAGUGGCGGCUCCCUGGCGCGGGGCGGCGGGAGCUGCAGCGGUAGCGCUGAAGGCGGAGGCAGCGGCUCUCUUUCUUCGCAGCGCGGAGGCCGAGCUGGGGCCCUCCAUCUGCGGCGGGUGGAGAGCGGGGGGGCCAAGAGUGCCGAGGAGUCGGAGUGUGAGAGUGAAGAUGGCAUCGAGGGUGAUGCUGUUCUCUCAGAUUAUGAAAGUGCGGAAGACUCAGAAGGUGAAGAAGGGGAGUACAGUGAAGACGAAAACUCCAAAGUGGACCUGAAAUCAGAAGCCAAUGAUGCUGCUAAUUCUUCAACGAAAGAGGAGAAAGGAGAAGAAAAACCUGAUGGCAAAGGCACUGUCACUGGAGAGAGGCAAAGUGGGGAUGGACAGGAGAGCACAGAGCCUGUGGAGAACAAAGUGGGUAAGAAGGGCCCUAAGCAUUUGGAUGAUGAUGAGGAUCGGAAGAAUCCAGCAUACAUUCCUCGGAAAGGGCUUUUCUUUGAGCAUGAUCUUCGAGGGCAAACACAGGAGGAGGAAGUCAGACCCAAGGGACGUCAGCGAAAGCUAUGGAAGGAUGAGGGUCGCUGGGAACAUGACAAGUUCCGGGAGGAUGAACAGGCUCCAAAGUCCCGACAGGAGCUCAUUGCUCUUUACGGCUAUGACAUUCGCUCAGCUCACAAUCCUGAUGACAUCAAACCUCGGAGAAUUCGGAAACCCAGGUUUGGGAGUCCUCCACAAAGAGAUCCAAACUGGAUUGGUGAGCGGCCAAACAAGUCCCAUCGCCACCAGGGUCCUGGGGGCACCCUACCACCAAGGACGUUUAUUAACAGGAAUGCUGCCGGUACUGGCCGUAUGUCGACACCCAGGAAUUACUCUCGAUCUGGGGGCUUCAAGGAAGGUCGUGCUGGUUUUAGGCCUGUGGAGGCUGGUGGGCCACAUGGUGGCCGGUCUGGUGAGACUAUUAAGCAUGAGACUAAUUACCGAUCACGGCGGCUAGAACAGACUCUUGUGAGGGAUCCAUCCCCAGAAGCAGAUGCUCAAGUGCAUGGCAGUCCUGAGAAGGAAGAAGCAGCUUCAGAGACACCAGCUCCUGCUCCUGACACUGCACCACCGGCCCCUGACAGACCCAUUGAGAAGAAAUCCUAUUCCCGGGCAAGAAGAACCAGAACCAAAGCUGGAGAUGCAGUCAAGAUUGCAGAAGAGUUGCCCCCUCCACCAGAGGGGCUGACCCCAGCACCUCCAAUGCCAGAAACUACUCCUCCUCCACCUGCUAAGACUGGAAACUGGGAGGCUCCAGUGGAUUCUACUACAGGUGGACUUGAGCAAGACAUGGCACAACUAAAUAUCACAGAACAGAAUUGGACUCCGGGGCAGCCUUCAUUCCUGCAGCCUCGGGAACUUCGAGGUAUGCCCAACCACAUCCACAUGGGCGCAGGACCACCACCUCAGUUUAACCGGAUGGAAGAAAUGGGUGUCCAAGGUGGUCGAGCCAAACGCUAUUCAUCCCAGCGGCAAAGACCUGUGCCAGAGCCCCCUGCCCCCCCUGUGCAUAUCAGUAUCAUGGAGGGGCAUUACUAUGAUCCACUGCAGUUCCAGGGACCAAUCUAUACCCAUGGUGACAGCUCUGCUUCACUGCCUCCUCAGGGCAUGAUUGUGCAGCCAGAAAUGCACCUUCCCCACCCAGGUUUACAUCCUCACCAGACACCGGCACCUCUGCCCAAUCCAGCCCUCUAUCCCCCACCAGUGUCCAUGUCUCCAGGACAGCCACCACCGCAGCAGUUACUUGCUCCUACUUACUUUUCUGCUCCAGGCGUCAUGAACUUUGGUAAUCCCAGUUACCCUUAUGCUCCAGGGGCACUGCCUCCCCCGCCACCUCCUCAUCUGUAUCCUAAUACACAGGCCCCAUCACAGGUAUAUGGAGGCGUGACCUACUAUAACCCCGCCCAGCAGCAGGUGCAGCCAAAGCCCUCCCCACCUCGGAGGACUCCCCAACCAGUCACCAUCAAGCCGCCACCACCUGAGGUUGUAAGCAGGGGUUCCAGUUAAUUUGAGUUUGUGAAUAUUUUAAAUCUAACAUCAUAUAAAAAACUACAGAGGUGAGAACUCAGGAGAGAAGAGAAAUACAGCUGGCUGUCUACAACCAAGAGGAUUUCAAAGUUACAGGGUGGCUCACAUCAGCGAGCAGCUAAAGGAGGAGGACCCCUGCCUUACUCUGAUGCCAGGCUCUAUUGGAAAAAGGGAGAAGCAAGAAGACUCCCUCCCACCUCUACUCUUUACAUGGGUUGGCUGAGCUUAGGGGAGGAGAGAUCCAGACAGCUCAGGCUUCUGAGUCUAGAUCUUGAAGCCCACAUCUUUUGCUCUUCUUCACUUUCUCCCAGGAAAUUCAAGUGUUCUCCACUCCCAGGGAAGCUCCUUUCUGUUUUGUUUUGUAAGAAUGUUCAUUUUUAAAACCUAGCUUGCUAUUCUUAUUUUAGUUUUUUCUGUUCUUUCUGUCUUUAAGUUAAACAGGUUUAUUCUGCUGGUUUGCUGGCUCCUCUGGGUUUCCUUUUGGCUCUUCUCUGCAUCUCAGAUAAUUGAGACUGUGCUAGGCAGCCUUUCCCCACCAGGUCUGCAAAGAUCUGGCCUUUCAGUUUUGGUUGGCCUUUAUUAUUCUCUAUACUUGGAUUCUCUUAAAUGCUCUAACCCUAUGGAAGCGUAGCUGUCUGCACAGAGUGUCACAUUGUGGAGAAAACAGAGUGAAUGGGUAGGAGCCCUCCUUUCUGAGUUUUCAUCAAUUCCUGUGCUCUGGUAGUCUUCAGGCCUCUACUGAGGACACAGUCUCUACUGUGGAGAGAGAUGGUAAACCAGGUGCUUUUGUGAGAAAGGGAGGAUGGAGUGAAGAGCCUUUUGCAUCUUAGGGGUUUGUAUUCACACAGUUUCAGGGCUCAGUCUUUGAGGUUAAGUGGAAAUAGAGGGCCCUGCUUCUCCUCUUUCCAUUCCUCCUCCUACUACUACUUUUCAGUUGCUGCGGACCAAUGCAUCUCUCUAGAGGCAAGUAUUAUCCAGCAAGCAAUUGGCCUUCUGCUUUGCAAUUGCUCUUCUCCACGUCUUUCCCGCUACAGGUGUUUUAGAUGAUAAUACCUUAUUUCCCCUCAGAUUGUACUCCUGUCUUUGCAAACAGAAAUAGGUACCACACUUGGGCGUAAGGCCUCAGGAAGCCAGUCACUCUCUGGGCAAGGACUUUCCCCUUUCCUUCUCGAUCUGUGGCACUAAACCACUCCCCUGCUGCCUCUGCAGAAGAGAUUCCCACAACUGCAGCACUUAUGUCCGCCAGGGGUAAUUUGGCUGCUGUACCUGUCCUGCUACAGAACCUGAGGGAGAACGUGGCAUCUGUGUCUCUUCCCCAGUAACGUCACUGUUUCUGUUCCUUCUCUUGGGCAGCUAGCCUAACCACUCUGAGUUACAGGUGUGGGGUGUGGAGGGAGAGAGGCACUCGAGCUAUAAUCCCCAAGGAGGGAAAAAAAGAGAUUAUUCUGGGGGUAAUUGGUGGUCGUGCCUUUUGUAGGCUGUUCCCUUUGCCUUAAACCUGAAGAUGUCUCCUCAAGGCUGUGGGCAGCAUGCCCAGAUUCCCAGACCUUAAGACACUGUGACAGUUGUCUCUGUCAGUCCCCUGUGUUUAGUUGCAAGGAUUUCUCCAGUGUAUGGGUUUUUUUUUGUUGUUGUUGUUUGGGUUGUUUUGUUGUUGUUGUUACUGUUUUAAAGGAUGCACAUUUGUGAUCAGCGUUGUGACUUGGAAAUAAUAAAAUUUAGACUGUA